AUGAGUGCAAGAAACUUUAUUUCAACAGCUCAAUUAUUAGUAAUACUCAUCUUCUUUAUCUCCUCAUUCUUCCAUGUAAAUGCCUUAACUUCAUCUGUCAAAAAUGGCAGAGAAGCCAUAGAAGUCAUAAUUGGUGGAGGAGGAGAUGUCCCUCCCAUUGCUCCUGCUUAUCCUCCAUAUUCAUAUUCUCCUCCUCCACAAGAACCACUUUGCCCUCUUCCUCCCCCUCCUCCAGAACCACUUUGUCCCCCUCCCAUGCCCCCACCUCCUCCUCCUGAGCCACUUUGUCCCCCUCCCAUGUCACCCCCACCACCACCACCCCCAAUAAUUCCAAAUCCUCCCAAACUAUCUCCACCCCCACCCCCACCCAACCCCAAUUAUCUACUAGCAUCAGCCAUAAGUGUCAUUCAAAGAUUUAGGAAGACAAUAACUAGUGACCCCUCUGGCAUUACAAAAACAUGGGUAGGCAAGGACAUUUGCAAAGACCCAACCAAGUAUAUAGGUUUCAUUUGCAACAAUAACAAAGUGGUUGCUGUCAAUUUCAAUGGUAGAAACUUUAAGGGAAAUCCUCUGUCUCUGAAAGAUUUCAUUAAUGGAAUCCCCACUCUGGAAAUCUUCCAUUCCAACUCUAACAACUUCACUGGAGAAAUACCCAAUAAUAUAUCGACCCAGAGUAUUCCUAAUCUUUUCGAACUUGAUUUGAGCAACAACAAAUAUGUUGGUUUUUUUCCAAAAGCUGUUCUUGGUGCCACCAGGUUAACUUAUUUGGAUCUCAGAUUCAACCAGAUAAAAGGUCCAGUAAACCCUCAAGUAUUCACACUGGACCUUGAUAUUCUUUUUCUCAACAACAAUUGUUUUUCCGGGAAAAUCCCAGAAAAUUUAGGCCGUACUGCUGCCCUGUAUCUUACAUUAGCCAACAAUAAAUUCAUUGGUGAAAUCCCCAAAAGCAUUGGUCAUGCCAAGGGAAACCUCCUUGAGGUUCUCUUCUUCAAUAAUCAACUUACUGGUUGCUUGCCUUAUGAGAUAGGCAUGUUGAAAUUGGCAUCUGUAUUUGAUGCUAGUAAGAAUAAAUUAACAGGUCCGAUCCCGCAAUCUUUCGGGUGCCUUGAGCAAAUGGAAGUGAUGGAUCUGUCUUACAAUCAAUUGUAUGGGGAAGUGCCGGAAACAUUGUGCAAGAUCAGUAGCUUGGAGGAACUCACUUUGAAAUACAACUAUUUCACACAGAUUGGACCGGAAUGUCGGAAGUUGGUAAAGGAGAAUGUACUUGAUAUUGGCAUGAAUUGCAUUAUUGAUCUUGAGAACCAGAGAAAGCCGGAGGAAUGCGAAACUUUCUUUUUGCAAAAGAGAAAUUGCCGGGACAUGAAGUCACUAAGCUAUGUACCUUGUAAGAUUCAUGACUUCUCUUCUAGGAAGAGUUCUUCUCAUACCGGCGAUGCAAGGACUCGUUCGACUACUUAUGCUGCCCUCAAGAAACCUCACCACUGAUUUAUCCACCAUUUAUAAUUUUCAUAAUUAUAAUAGCAAUGUAUGUUACAACACUGUUGACUUAUAUUUACUUGUUUUAUGUAUUGAAUUUGUAAGUAAUGAGUAUAAUUAAGCUUCA